CCAGUCGAACAUAUAAAUGAUUCUUCUAAAAUUGCUGUUUGUUCUUCUUACAAAGAUUUAAGGCUAUGUAAACCUCCUCCAAAUAUUGUUAAAACAUCACUUGAAAUUGAAAAUGUUUUAAUGCACUAUAGAUGUUAG